AACCCUAACCCUAAUCCCAAAUUACCCAUCCAACGGACAGGAACACCCAUCAGACGCUAGUCGCAGCCAUUGGAUCUCAUUUGCGAGCGAGAUAAAAACUCUAGCUAAAGGUUUCUAGGUAUCUCACAGUAUAGCUGCUGCUUUUGUAGUGAUAUUCUCAUCUUGUAUCGUCUUGAGUGUUAUCCUGAGGUUAAAGCAUGUCUCAUCGCAAGUUUGAACACCCUCGACAUGGCUCUUUGGGAUUUCUCCCAAGAAAGAGAGCCUCCCGACACAGAGGAAAAGUGAAGGCAUUUCCCAGAGAUGAUCCAACAAAAACUUGCAGAUUGACUGCUUUUCUGGGUUACAAAGCAGGGAUGACUCAUAUUGUCAGAGAAGUUGAGAAGCCAGGGUCAAAGCUCCACAAGAAAGAAACAUGUGAAGCUGUUACCAUCAUAGAAACACCACCCAUGGUGGUAGUUGGGGUUGUAGGUUAUAUGAAAACACCCCGUGGUCUCCGUUCACUGAACACCGUCUGGGCCCAGCAUUUGAGUGAGGAUGUGAGGAGGAGAUUCUACAAGAACUGGUGCAAGUCCAAGAAGAAGGCAUUCACCAAGUACUCUAAGAAGUUUGAAUCUGAAGAUGGGAAGAAAGAUGUUCAAUCUCAAUUGGAGAAAAUGAAGAAGCAUUGUUCUGUCAUUCGUGUCUUGGCACACACCCAGAUCAGGAAGAUGAAAGGUUUGAAGCAGAAGAAAGCUCAUUUGAUGGAGAUUCAGGUAAAUGGUGGUGAUGCUGCCAAGAAGGUCGACUUUGCCUACAGUUUCUUUGAGAAGCAGAUACCUAUUGAUGCGGUUUUUCAAAAGGACGAGAUGAUUGACAUAAUUGGUGUGACCAAGGGGAAGGGCUAUGAAGGUGUGGUUACUCGUUGGGGUGUCACCCGUCUCCCCCGCAAGACCCACCGUGGUCUGCGGAAAGUGGCAUGUAUUGGUGCUUGGCAUCCUGCUAGGGUGUCAUUUACUGUUGCUAGGGCUGGGCAGAACGGUUACCAUCACCGUACUGAGAUGAAUAAGAAAAUCUAUAAGCUUGGGAAGUCUGGCCAGGAGUCUCAUACUGCAAUUACAGAAUAUGACAGGACUGAAAAGGAUAUCACACCAAUGGGAGGAUUCCCCCACUAUGGUGUGGUGAAGGAAGAUUAUGUGAUGAUAAAAGGAUGCUGCGUAGGACCAAAGAAGCGUGUCGUGACCCUGAGACAAUCAUUAUUGAAUCAGACAUCUCGGGUUGCUUUGGAGGAGAUUAAGCUCAAGUUUAUUGAUACAUCCUCCAAGUUUGGCCAUGGUAGAUUCCAGACAACCCAGGAGAAGGCAAAGUUCUAUGGGAGGGCAAAGACUUGAUUUUAGUUGCAAAGGAGAAGAUAAAUAAACAUCAUAACCUUUUCUCCUUGCUUUUGAAAUAUUGAGUUCAUUAUUCAGUUGGUUUGGUGGCCAGAAUUUUUUUGCUUCAAUGAUUACUUAACCUGUUUGCAGAUUUUAUAAUCAAAUUAAUUACUGCAAUUUAUAUA